AUGAAUCGAUACAUAACUUUAAACCAGUUGGGUGACGGAACCUUUGGUUCUGUCGUACUGGGAGAACGUAUCGACACGGGUGAAAAAGUGGCUAUAAAAAGAAUGAAGAGAAAAUAUUACUCUUGGGAAGAAGCUAUGAAUCUGCGAGAAGUAAAGUCAUUGAAAAAACUUAGUCACGCAAACGUGGUGAAACUUAAAGAAGUUAUACGAGAGAAUGAUGUACUGUAUUUCGUUUUUGAAUACAUGAAAGAAAAUCUCUAUCAACUAAUGAAAGACAGAGAUAAACUUUUUCCCGAGCCAGUAAUAAGAAAUAUGGUGUAUCAAGUAUUGCAAGGUCUCGCUUUUAUGCACAAACAUGGUUUCUUUCAUCGCGACAUGAAGCCAGAAAAUUUAUUAUGUAUGGGUCCCGAAUUAGUAAAGAUUGCUGAUUUCGGGCUAGCAAGAGAGAUCCGAUCAAGACCUCCAUAUACAGAUUACGUAUCAACAAGAUGGUAUCGGGCACCAGAAGUGUUACUACACUCCACAACUUACAACAGUCCGAUUGAUAUUUGGGCGGUCGGCUGUAUAAUGGCUGAAUUAUACACGUUUAGGCCACUGUUUCCUGGUAAAAGUGAGAUUGACGAAAUAUUUAAAAUUUGUUCUGUAAUUGGAACACCCGAUAAAGAUGAUUGGCCAGAAGGGUACCAGCUGGCUGCAGCUAUGAAUUUCAAAUUUCCGAAUUUUACGCGUACAUCAUUGACUGUAUUAAUACCCAAUGCUAGUCAAGAAGCAGUUAUACUCAUGGAAGACAUGUUACAAUGGAAUCCUAUAAAGAGACCAACGGCGCAACAAUCGCUCAGGUAUCCAUAUUUUCAAGUCGGCGACCCACUUAUUAUUAAUAGUAAAAAAAUUGGUGUCGUAUCUCAACGAGAACUUAUUAUGAACAAAAUAAAUCUUCCACCUCCUAUGCCUAACCAGUAUGAUUAUACUCAAGAAGACCCAGUCAUUAAUAGCUUGAUGCAAUCGAGAGCACCAGAAAAGAUGCUCGUUGAAUCACAACAGCAGCCAGCGGCCUUGCCAUUACUGAAUCACAAUAAUCAUAAGCACGAUAGCAACGCCUCUAAAUGGGACGAGGACGAUUUUGCAGAUCUUCUAGGAAGCAAAAUUGUCCCAGAGAAUCCAAGCGCAACGCUCAUCUCAGAUCGCGUAUACAAAGAAAAUCGUGCCAAUUGGAAUGCCAAUUAUCAGCAGUCUGAAAGUUUGCAUAGCAAUGCGAAUUGGUCCUUACCAACAUGGAAGGAAUCACCACAGAGAAUAUGGAAUCAGUCUAAUCAGUCUAAUCAGAUGAAGAACUCACGUAAGGUCUCAGCAAAACAACACUAUCUCAGUGUGGCUCGGUACGUCGCAGGCCAGAGCACAAAUUUGCCAUCCAGAAAUGAGGAUUCUGAUAUCAGCCGAUCCAAACUGCUAUUGAAUGGAUUUAUCGGUCAGGCAACAUCCAACAAAUAUGAAGAUUUUACAGAAUCUUUUUGGGGGCCUAGAAAUAAUAUUGAGAAUCAAACGAGGCAACAUUAUCUUGCGCGAAACCGUUAUAUCACCGAACAAAACAUGAAAUUACCUUACCCCAGCGUGUAUGGUACUCAAAAUAUCAAGCCUAUCAAUAAGCCCAUGUUUCAACCAAACUUGUUUGGAAAUGUUUUCAACUCAAAAGCCAGCAAUGGGCCUCACAGUCGAACAGAUUGGGCAGCGAAAUACCUCAAAUGA